AAACUCAUGCGUGUUUUGAAAGCAUGCGGCAUGGUCUGCCGUGUUUAAACAGUUUUCUUUCCGCUAAAAUAGUGUAAAAAAGCCACCGGACGGAACCAUGGCGGACGAUAGUUCCCAUACCGAGGCCAAAAAGGCCCACAAGAAACGCCAUUCCGGCGUAAAGGCGGACAAAAAGAAGGCCAAAAACAAACCGACCGAUCGGACCAAGAACCCGAAAGCGUUCGCCAUCACGAAGGCCCGUUCGGCGGAGAAACGCUUCCGGUACAAGGAGGACAUCAUCACCAAGAAGCAGCACAUCCCGCUCGUCGACAAAACGCCGGAAGAGCCGCCGCCCGUGCUGAUCGCGGUCGUCGGUCCACCGAAGGUCGGCAAAACCACGCUCAUCAAGAACUUGAUCAAAAACUUUACCAAAACGAGCGUGACGACUAUAAACGGCCCGAUUACGGUGGUUACGUCGAAGAAACGGCGCAUUACGCUGCUCGAGUGCAACAACGACAUCAACAGCAUGAUCGACGUGGCCAAGUGUGCCGAUCUCGUGCUGCUGAUGGUCGACGCUAGCUUCGGCUUCGAGAUGGAGGUGUUUGAGUUUCUGAACAUUUGCCAGGUGCACGGAAUGCCAAAGAUUAUGGGCAUCCUGAACCAUCUGGACGUGAUCAAGAACGCGAAGGCGCUGAAAAUGCAGAAAAAGGUACUGAAGCAUCGCUUCUGGACGGAGGUGUACAAUGGGGCGAAGCUGUUCUACCUGUCCGGGCUGAUCCAUGGCGAGUAUUUGCGGAACGAGAUCCGCAACUUGGGGCGCUUUAUAGCGGUGAUGAAGUUCCGGCCGCUUAGCUGGCGCGGAGCACACAGCUACAUCGUGGCGGAUCGCAUGGAGGACAUUACGAACGCGGAAGAGAUUCGCUUGAAUGCCAAGUGCGAUCGGAACGUGGUGCUGUACGGGUACGUGCGCGGCGUUCCGCUGAAGAAGGAGAACAUGGUGCACAUUGCCGGGUUGGGCGAUAUGCCGAUCGAGGAGCUGAGCACACUGCCCGAUCCGUGCCCGCUGCCUUCGGGCGAGAAGAAGCGAAGUUUGAUGGAAAAGGAGCGUCUGCUUUAUGCGCCGAUGUCCGGCGUCGGUGGCAUCGUGUACGAUAAGGAUGCGGUUUACAUAGAGCUGUCCGGGUCGCACAGCCACAGGAAGGGUGUGCCGGACAGCGAGCAGCAGCAGAUUGUCGAUUCGUUCAUCGAGAAGAAGGAAACGUUCGAUGUGGCGAUCGAAAACCAGGAGUUUCGGCUGUUUAGCGGCGGAGCGGUUAUAAAGUCGUCCGAUUACGUGGAUGACGCGAAGCGCGUUGACGACGACGAGUCAGGCGAGGACGAUCGAGAGGAAGAUGAGGAGGAGGAGGAUUCCGGGUUGGAAGACUCGGAAGACGAUGAGGCGGAGGUUGGGAAAGGCGCACGGCUUGGCUGGAUACCGGAGGAAGGUGAAGAUGAUGGCGAAGAGCGUGAGGAUGAUGAUGAAAAUGAUGAUAACGAGAACGACGAAGACGAUGAUUCAAGCGGCGACGAGGAGGAUAUGAAUGAUAUGGAUACGCUUGGGCCGAAGUCACGCACCAGCGGGUAUCUCUCCUCGGACGAUGAUGAGCAAGCCGAUGCUUCCGGUGGUAAUACGAUGGCCUGGAAGGAUGGUCUAGCCGCCCGGGCGCGCAAAGACUAUCUCGAACGGUUGGCCACCAACAAAAACUUGAUGAAAAUAGUGUACGGAGUGUUUAGCAAAUUCCACAAACGGCAGCAGCAACAGGCGGCCGAAGCGGAGGCAGAGGCCGACUCGGAGGACGACGGAUUGCUCGGUGGCAUUUUCAAGAGCGUUAGCCAGCGGCAGGCCGAACUGCAGAAGAAGAAAAGCGUGCAGGAUGUGGAUGAGUGCUGCUUCUUCGAAGAGUAUGGCGAUGGAAUCCGCGAUUGGACAAGCGAGCAGAACAAGGACCUGAUCCGGAACUGCUUCGUGACGGGCAAGUGGAAAGCGUCCGAGGAUGCGGAGGAGCUGCUCAAGCUGGACGAUAUGAGCGACGGGGAUAGUGAUGUGUACGGGGAUUUUGAGGAUUUGGAAACGGGCGAAAAGCACGAAGCACCGAAGGGAGCUAAUAAGAAGCCAGCGGGAGGAAAGGGCGACGAGAAGACCGAGGAUGGUGAUGGGGAUGAUGCGGAGAAGGACGAUGAGAAGUCGCUGAAGCGCAAGGCGACCCGAGUGGAGGAGAAAAACAUGUCCCGGGCGGAGCUGAUGGCAAAGAAGAUGAAGCUGAAGGCCAAGUUCGACUCCGAGUACGACAACCCGGAGCGGGACGAUCAGCACAUCGAGGGUGACCAUCAGUACUACGAAAAGCUGAAGGCGGACGCGCUACGUCAAUCGGAGCUGAACAAGAAAGAGUUCGCCAACCUGGACGAGGACGUGCGGCUGAACAUCGAGGGCCACCGGGCGGGCCUGUACGUGCGCAUGUGCUUCAAGAACAUUUCGGCCGAGUUUGUGGAACACUUUGACCCGUCCUAUCCCGUGCUGAUCGGGGGGCUGAACAUGGUGGAGGAGAACGUGGGGUACGUGAACUGCAAGGUGAAGAAGCACCGCUGGUACAAGAAGACGCUGAAAACGGGCGAUCCGUUGAUCAUCUCGCUCGGCUGGCGCCGCUUCCAAACCGUCCCGAUCUACGCCAAGGUGGAGGACGACUUCAAGCAUCGCUACCUGAAGUACACGCCAAACCACGUGACGUGCAGCAUGAGCUUCUGGGGGCCAAUCACGCCCCAAAACACGGGCGUGCUGGCGAUCCAGACGGUGGCGUACGAUCAGAAGGAGAUGCGCAAGCUGGGCUUCCGAGUCGCGGCGACCGGCGCGGUCAGCGAGUCGGACAAGAAUGUGGAAAUCGUGAAGAAGCUCAAGCUGAUCGGUACGCCGGACAAGAUCUUCCAGAAGACGGCCUACAUCAAGGGCAUGUUCAACUCGCAGCUCGAGGUGGCCAAGUUCGAGGGCGCCAAGAUACGGACCGUGUCGGGCAUCCGGGGGCAGAUCAAGAAGGCGGUCCCGCCCGAAGGUUCGUACCGUGCGACGUUCGAGGAUCGCAUCCAGCUGAGCGAUAUCGUGUUCUGCCGCACCUGGUUCCGGGUGAGUGUGCCGAAGUUUUACGCACCGGUGACGAACCUGCUGCUGCCGGCGGACCAGAAGUCGCAGUGGGUGGGCAUGAAAACGUUGGGCCAGCUGAAGCGCGAAAAGAACAUCCAGUUCGAGCCGAAGGAGGACAGCACGUACAGCAGGAAGAUUGUGCGCGAAAAGUUGGCCUUCCGGCCGCUGGUCAUACCGAAAAGUUUGCAGAAAGCGCUGCCGUACAAGGACAAGCCCAAGCUGGGGCCGCUCAAGCCGAAGAAGUCGUUCGAAAGCGAACGGGUGGCGGUCGUGAUGUCGCCCCACGAGCAGAAGGUGGCAAAAAUGAUGAACAUGAUCAAAACGAACUACAAAGCGAAGCAAAGCAAACAGCUGCGCCAGACGCGGGAGCGGUCGAAGAAGUUCAAGAAGGAGCUGGUGAACGAAAAGUUUAAAAAGCUACAGCGCCAGAAGGAUCUAAAGAAGAAGGUGUUCCGUGCGAUCAGCAAGAUGGAUACGCAGAAUGAGGAGAAAAUGAAGAAGGGCAAAAAGUGAUUUUUUUUUCUUUUUUCGGUUGCUGAAGUUAGUUUAAAAAAUAAUAAAAACUAAAAAGU